GAAUCAAGUGAUAAUAUACCUGCUGCGCAUACAAAGGGGUAACUUGAAAAGGUGCGCUUGUUAUGUUAAACCAUCACAAAUAUGGCAACAAAAGGGCAGUUUGGUAGAGAAAAGAACUUGAAGACCACAUCAAGUCGCGAAGGACGGCAAAGGGGAAAUUUUCAACCAGCACAAUUUGUGCCAGUGCCAAAGGCGAACCUCUCAGCAGCCAGUGGAAAUAUUGACGGAAAAUUUGAAGAUAGAAUCAGAGUUGUGAAGAAUGAUAAGAUCCGAAGGCAGGGAGAACCUCGGAAUGUAGAAGGGGAUGCAACCUUGAAGAGCUCAAAACCAUGGCCUGCACGAAAGACUGCUACUGUUGAUGAACUUGUCAAGCAUAUGUCCAAAGUUCCUUCAUAUUUACAGCGUAAAGAGACGGCUGACCAUCUUCAGGACAAGGCACUGAAUGUUGGGGUUCUUGAGUGGGGCCUUCUUGCAAGGUGGUCUCAUGAACAAAAGCAUGAGCUCUCUAGCAGCCAUGGGGCCUCUCCAUCUGAUACCAGUAGAUCUGCUCUCUUCUCUUCUCCAUCUAAUUCUUCUGCAAGCCCAAGCAGUAAAUCUCUUGAUAGCAAUCAAUCUCCUCCACUGAAUGACCAUCAGCAUUGUUCUAUGAGGUCUCAUCAAGGUAGUCCUCUGGACAAACACCAUGAGAAGGCCAAUUCACCUAGCCCGAAUUCGGCAGUGCUGAGCUUGUUGCCAGGACAUGGUAAGUAUCCGUGUGCAGAGAACAGUGGUGACUAUAGGGGCUUAAAUCUCAGCAAAUUGUGUCUACCACCAGAAUCUAUGACCGCUGCCUAUGGGAGUUGCACGCCACAUGAAAUGGUUGAUGAUGAAGAUACUGCAAGGAAGAUAGAGGAUGUUGUUCAUCACUGUUCGCGCCGGCUUUUUGCAGAUGAUGACAACAUUGGGCGAAAUUUCUUCACAUCCCAUGACAAUGAUUCCACCCAUGUGAUAGAAACAGAAAGAAAUGGCAGUAGGUCACCUGUUGGUUUCUUUGAGGAUAUUGGCCAGUCACCUGAAUUUCCUCAAAUUCCACACUCCUGUCCACUCCCCAUCAUGGAUUCAGCUGAAGAGCCUGCCACCAGUACCACUACUGCUAGAGUUGAUUUUGUCAGUGCAGCUGUAACAAGAGGUGAAAACUGUAACCGACACAAAUCUGCCACUAGUGUCGCUAAGAAACCACCUCAAAUUAGCUCAAAGUUCAGUGAUAUGGAUGUGUUGCCUGAUCGUCAUUUUGUUUCUGGCCUGAAUAGAGUGAGCCGAUGCUCUAGCCUGAAGGAAGCACCAUCUCCUCGACGGCCUGACACUUCCGUGGAUAAGAUUGACGAGGACAAACGAUCAAGCAGCAAAGGUAGGCGCAGUCCAUUGAGGAGAAUGUUAGAUCCAUUAUUAAAGUCUAGGCAAACAUCCACUUCUGUGCCCGUUCAACCUUCAUUUGUUCCAAAGUGUCAUCUGCCAAGCAAUACCAAUAAGCAGUCUCUUAUCUUGGAAGGAUCUGGGUCACAAAAUGUGCAUCGCAGGUCAGUUGAUGCAGUAGUCAGUUCAAAUAACCAUGCUGAAGCAAACAUAAACCAGCCUCCUCGUGUGUUAUUGAACUGCGAGAGGUACCUCCAACAAGAAAGGGAUUCAAGAACAACAAGGCAAGCGCUUCUGCAGCUAGCAUGGAAAAAUGGCCUACCUCUGUUCAUGCUUUCUUUUGGUGAUUCUGAUAUCCUGGCGGCCACUGUGAGAAGGAAAAGCAUCUCUGAUAAGGAGGAUCUAGAAAGUGCAUAUACUUUAUUCACUGUUGAAGAGCCCAAGAAAAAAAGUGGAGCUUGGAUCACAACGGCUAAUAAGAACAAGAAACAUCAACUGGUAUCCAGCAUUGUUGGGGAAUUGAAGAUCUCACGCCGAAAAUCAAGAUGCUCCCACACAAAAGAUUUUCAUGUUCACAGGGAAUUUGUGCUGGUUGGUUCUGAAUUGCUACCGACACCUGUGGAAUCAGGUGAUUCACACAUUAGCAGAGAGAUUGGGGCUUUUAUCAGCACUGUGCCUCAGAUAUCAGAAACUCGUCAUCGAAGUAGUUCAGCACCAAUUGGCUGCUCUUGCCCUCCUCUGGGAAACUUCCACGCUAACAUGACAAGUACUAAUUCUGCCCCAGCCAGUGUUAUUGCCAUACUACCUAAUGGCUUUCACGGCACACCAACUUCAGGGCAACUUUUACCGCUGAUGGAGAGGUGGAGAUCAGGAGGCUCAUGCGACUGUGGUGGGUGGGAUGAAGGUUGCAUGCUGAGUGUCCUCACUGACAACACCCAAGAAUACAAAGGUUCUAUGCCUAUUCAGGAGAACCAGACACAGGAUGGCAGUCAUCGGUUUGACUUGCUUACUCAGGGUCGCUCGUGGGAAGAUCGACAUGCCUUCAGCAUGGUUUCAUUUAAAGAAGGGUUGUACGCAGUCGAAUUCAGUUCAUCCAUUGCUUUACUUCAGGCUUUUGCGAUGUGUAUAGUGAUGCUUCACGGCAGGUGCCCUGUGAGGCCGCAGGCCGAUAUGCCUGCGGCGCAAGAACAUACAUUGCUUGCAGAUCAAAAGCUCAAGGCUAUGGCAGCCAGCCAAGGUAGAGCUCGGCCCAGUUAUGUGCCACACCAGCCCCCUUUAUCUCCUGUAGGGCGAGCCUAACUCCUUGCAUGAUAAAAUUGUUUUUCUUUUACUUUCUCUCUUGUAAUUUGAGUAGUGCUGUUGGGCCAGUAUAUAAUGGUCCUUGUGAGAUCCACACAUCGCGAAGUAAUGAAUCUUAUGCAACUGGCUUUAGGGGUAGCUAGCUAUCUGUACAUGUAAAUGUGACUAUGUGAUGCUGCUGCAAGGCUCAUCUCAGUGCUUAUUUA